GCGAAUGUCUCCAGGUCUACGACGCCGUUUCAACAAGGUAAAGAAGACAAGUCAACCCAACUACCUGCUCUAGUGCUCUGUUUGGAGGAAAAGAAAAAGUCGCAGGAAAAUGGAGGAAGAGAAAGCCGCGGCGUACUACGAGGAGCUGACUCGCAAAGGCGGAGGAGCGGCGAGAUUCAAGCAAGGCCUCGGGUUCUCGUCCUCCUCAGCCUCGGACAAUGCACCAACCAGGGGCUCGGCUCUGCCUUUCUCGUCGUCCUCUUUCCUCAGCGCCUUCGUCAGGGCUUCGAGUCCCACCAAGGCCUCCGAGAUACAAAAGCAAGCGCAGCUCGAGGCCAUCCAGGACAAGCUCAGGAAGAAACCUAGUUCAGAAGGAGAGGACAAGCGGUCUAGGGUUUCGGAGAGGGGCGAAAGAGAGAGGGAUAGGGAGAGGCAUUCGAGAAGGAGAAGUAGGAGCAGAGAGAGACAUAGAGAUAGGGACAGAGAUAGGGAUAGGGAUAGGGACAGGGACAGAGAUAGGGAGAGGAAGGGGGAGAGCGAUAGAGAGAGGAGGAGGAGGAGGAAAAGUGUGUCACCGAGGCGGGAUCGGAGGAGGAGUCGGAGCGUGUCGCCGAGAGAGCGAGAGCGGAGAAGGUCGGAGAAGAGUAGGAGUGAAGAUGGGGAUAGGGACAGGGAUAGAGGGGGUAAAGUGGGGAAGGAGAGGAAUGGUUUGGUUGAGUAUUCAAAGUUGAUUGAAGGCUAUGACCAAAUGACACCGGCUGAAAGAGUCAAAGCGAAGAUGAAACUUCAGCUUGCUGAAACUGCUGAAAAGGAUGCAACAAAGGGUAUGGGCGGAGGUUGGGAACGGUUUGAAUUCAACAAGGAUGCUCCACUUGAUGAUGAGGAGAUCGAAGCUGCAGAAGAUGACAAGGUGUUAGUCAAGCACAUUGGCCAGAGCUUUCGCUUUUCUGCAGUAGAGGCAAGAAGAGAGGAACAAAUCAAAGCUGCUCAUGAUGAGGCCAUGUUUGGAGCACCAUCGCUUCCACCUUCCAUAAAUACAGAGAGUGAGCCAAACGUGGAGGACAGCGAAAAAGAAAGCGAUGAAAAUGGCUUUGUCACUAGCCUCUUAAGUGAGAAGGUACUUGCGAAGCAACAAGGAUCUUGGCGUGACCGUGCUCGUAAAGUAUAGGAUAAAUCAACAAGCUGGUGGCCAGCGUCGGAGACUGUAACCAAAGAUAUUGACUUCAAUUGUUGCAUGUCACAUGUUGGAAGUCUCAUAUAAAUGUUUCAUCAGUCAUGGUGGAGGGAUAAUGAAAUUAAUCGGAAAGAAGCUUCUGCCUCUCCACGAAUCUUCACAUUGCCAGUGUAUUAUAUUGCUACUCAUCGCCAGAGUACAGUUAGGCUCAUCGGUGGAAAGAUGCUGAUAUCAUCCAAUUUUUGGGGUCUAUGAAAUCCUGGUUGUCUGCCACGCAUCUGUGAGAAGCAGGAGCUCUUAAUUUUGCACUGGUGCUUAUUUUGCCCGGAUUGUGAUCUUCGACCUUCUGCCUUUUUUGCCCCCCUCCUCUCUCUGCUAGGCUUACUGCUUGUAUUUAUAUUGCCUAAUCCACCAUACAACAGACAUCAUAUUGCUCUCGAGUGUAAUCUGCUCUCUAUGCUCGGGGGAAAAAAAAAAAAAAAGUGGUGGUAAUAUGAGGAUGAUAGGUACCGUUUAAUCGUUUAUGUCUGUGUAGUAGAUUCUAUUGCUGGCAUACCAUUUCCCCCCUAUAAGAUCAAAACGACCAUUAGUGAAUUUGUUUGUGCUUUCCGACUCAAAUGUUUUUUUGAGUGAACCCCAAGGGGUGCUCGUGUGAUAAGCUUUGGUCUAAGUGUCAUUUUCAUCAUGUCUAAGGUUUAAAUUUCUUUGGAUGCAAGCAAUUCUUUGGGCCAGUCUGUCGGAAAAGUUGAAAUAUUGAAAUAUUAUCCGAUCCGUGUAAAGAGGUUGCUUUGCACGGGUUCGAGAUUUACCCGACAUUGGUGGAUACUCGAAGUGGCCUUGCUUUAGAGAGGUUUUUCUUUGUUUCUAAGUGACUAUGAUUUGGUGUAUUAGAGAAUAUUUAUUUAUUAAAA